AACUUUUACCUGUAUACAAUGGCUUACGUCUACUCCCCCAGCAAAAAGACCAUCUUUGAAACUGGGAUUACCAAAGACAAUCCAGCAUUCUCGAUGAUCAAUGACUCGGAUGAAGAUGUAAUCUAUGGAUCUGACGAAGAGAGCAGACAGCCACUGAACAGGAAUCGCAAUGAUGAUGACAGUGACUAAAGGGAUGGGUGGGGGACAAUGAACUCUCCUGACCGAGGAGUCUUGGGUUACACGGAUUGACAGCUGUGAAAGACUCAAAGAAUUCUUACUAAAACAGUAGCAGGUAAAUGAAUGAGGUAGUGUUUUUUAUUUAUGGCCAUAAUUUUAUUUUUUCAAA